AUGAGCUUGAAGAAACAGAAAAGCUGGUUUGGUUCAACCAAGACGCAACCCGGUGAUAUUGAGAUCUUGCAUGCGAGUGUCCCGCAUCUUGCAGAAUGCGGUGAUGUGUUAAUUUCGCAAAAGUCUGAUAUCAGUGAACCUGCUCCAGAUUCUGGGGAUACCAAAGCUUUGGUUCUGGGGCAACGAUCCCGGCCCCAGUCAAAGUCCCUCCGCUUUCGAGAUGCCCUUUCGAACGUCUUCAGCUGGAACCACGGAGUGACAGUGGCAGAAACCCUUAGUCCAGAUUCGUCCACCAGUAGCUCUGAUAGCGAGGAGAUUACUCGUAAUCGUAUAGCCAAUAAUACAAAGGACUUGGUAUCCGGGACGAACUCCACCUUUGCCCAAAUCCUCUCCGAGUACCGGCUAAACGAAGCUCAGUUGUGGGCGAGCCCUGCCUCUCGCUUGGGGAUCUUCCAAAAUGCGGAGUACGGGAUUUUUCAAGCCCAAUCUCGGAUGAUUAAGCUGAAAAUGGACGAUUAUCCUCUCUGUUAUACAUGGAAUGUGUGGAAUGAUCGGGAGGUAACAGUAGAAGAGAGGCCCACCACCUCUACACUCAGGACAAAUGAUCCGGGGAGCGCUACUCUGGGGAGAAAAUUUCAUUCUGAGAUGGUUCUUGAGACGAAUCUAGAUUUGGAGGAGUUGAUUUAUUCUUUCAAGGGAACCAUAAGCAGGCUAGACCAUCAGGUCCAUGUUUUUAAAUCGUGCUUGCCUCCCAGGGCCAUUUUGCAGCCUAUAUAUGGAGGGGCCUUGGUAUUCCAGAUCCCGGCCGGGUCAGAACACCCCUUCUGGAGGGCAGUGUUGCGGAUUGUGGUGGGUGAACGAAUGUUUGGUCUCAGGCCCUUUGGAAUAUACGGGAUUUCCUGGAAAAACAUACAGCUGGGGAGCUAUUCAAAUUUAUCGCUUCGGCUUAUAUCGAAGCAGAAUAUUGCUGUUGACACUCUUAAAACAUGGUGCGACGCCUUACGUGACGAGCUUCCAGAUAGCUGUAGAGACUUUGUCGACUCGGCCAGGUUUGUUGAUAUUGAAUCACAGAAUGUAUACAUUGUGUAUCCAUAGGUAAGCU